UGUCAAAGUGAAUUACAUUCAAACGCUUCUGUACGCUCGCUGUUUAUAGUCCCACACGCAAAUUGGCUGUUUGAUAUUUUAUCUUUGUUUUCUGAUCUCCAUGGCCACAUCAGAUGAAUUAGAGGAUUGCGUUGUGCAGAGAGGAAGAUCUCAAAGUGACCCGAGCAUCCUUACCGACACUCGUGUCGUUUAUAUGAACAGCACAGAUGUGAUGGAUCAGCACAGAACUCUUCACUCUGGUUGUCUGGUGUCAGGGGUUCGCACUCCCCCAAUCCGUCGCAACAGUAAACUAGCCAGCCUGGGCCGCAUCUUCAAGCCCUGGAAGUGGAGGAAAAAGAAAAAUGAAAAACUGAGGCAGGGCUCUACAGUGCUGGAGAGGAAAGUUGCAGCACGGCAGAGUCGUGAUGAUAUUGCCAGGAAGGGCCUGGCAGAGGCUGGCACGGAGUCUGGCAUCACCUGCGGGGGGAAUACAGAGAAGCCAGGGACCCCCAUGCAGGAGUAUCCAGACAGAGAAGAAAGAGAAGAGGAGCCAAUGGCGCCACUGGCCAGCACCACAGAGGACCUGGGGUCUGAUGAGGACAAUACGUCUACAGUGCGAGAUGGUUCAGACUCAGAGGUGAUAGAGACAUCAGGGGAACUUGGCCAAAGUGAGGAUGAGGAUAUACCGUCUGUCAGAGACGCAUCGAGCAGCGGGGACUGUGUUGGACCCCCUGUGGCCCCUGAGUUCCACGAGGAGAAAAAGGAGAAGCCGCAGCUCAGACAAGUGCACACUCCCCCUGCUAAACUUCCUGUGAAGUUAUUUACUAGACUGGGCAGUCUGGACAGUACUCACUUUAAUCAGAUCCGGCCAGCUCCAGCCACACUGCCCAGGAACUUUACCCUCCCUAAAGAUGCCCUGAGGGGGAGGAUGUCCACCCCUACUGGAUCCCCCCACUUAGGCAUCAUGCACCCACAGCUGCCCCCUAGUUGCAUCAUAGAGGAACUUCACCGUGCGUUGGCAAGCAAAAACAGACGGGACAGUUUCCACAGUAAGGAGAUCCGCAGUUCACCCAAACGGCGUUCAGACGGACGGUUAUCCCACACUGCCAGCAAUGAGAAGGAACCGAAUGGAGAGGUAGAAAAUGAAAAAGAGGCAGAAGAGAACAAGGAGAACAUGCGUCUGGAUGAAUACUACAGUGAUCAGGAUAGCUGGAAUGAGUCUGUCAUAUCCGGAACACUGCCACGGCGAAUCAGAAAAGAACUUCUGGUGGUAAAGCUGCGAAACAGACCAAGCAAACAGGAACUGGAGGACAGAAACAUCUUCCCUGUGCGCAGUGACCAGGAGCGUCAGGCGAUCCGCCAACAGAUUGAGAUGAAGCUGGCCAAGAGACUGAGUCAGAGACCAGCAGUCGAGGAGUUGGAGAGCCGAAACAUCCUCAAGCAGAGGAAUGACCAGACAGAGCAAGAGGAGAGGAGGGAAAUCAAGCAGAGGUUGAACAGAAAGCUUAACCAGCGGCCGACAGUUGAUGAGUUGCGGGACAGAAAAAUCUUGAUUCGCUUCAGCGACUAUGUGGAGGUGGCCAAAGCUCAGGACUACGACAGGAGAGCAGACAAGCCCUGGACAAGACUAUCAGCUUCGGAUAAGGCAGCAAUACGCAAGGAGCUGAAUGAGUUCAAGAGCAAUGAGAUGGAGGUUCACGCGUCAAGCAAGCAUCUGACAAGGUUCCACCGACCAUAGCAAGGUUUCUUCUGUGAAGAAUAUGCUAACUGUAUCUCUGUGAAGUCAAAAUCCUCAGGAGGCUUCGUCCCGUGCCCUAGUCCAUGGGAACUCCAUGGAGGGCCUGAUAUUUGGGCGGUAGUGACCCUUGGAGGCUAUGUCUCUGGAGCUUCAGCCUGAAGCAGCUCCAAACUCCACUCAGUCAAGCUACAUGUCUGUAGAUUAUUGAACCUUUAUACUUUUUCAAGGGAAUCUUGAGGAAAGGUGGAAGACAUAAAAAAAGGGACAUUUUCUAAUUAGACUGUUUUUGAAUGGUCGCCUUUUGAUGCCAAUCAGGGAGGGGGGGGUCAAGCAUGUGAACUCAUUUGAACCUUUUUCCUACACCAGUUUGGUGCUGUAGUGACAUCCCAAACCGUUUCUGGGCUCCUCCUACUAAAACUUGAGUUUCAUUUCAGCUGUAUUGAUGUUAGUCUGAGGAAUAGAAAUCAUGUUUUACAUUUGCAAGGACUAUUUAUUGUCUGUACAGUACAAGCUUUGGAUUUUUUAAAGAAACAACAAUGUCUGUCUUCUUUUCUGAAUGAACGAAUAAAUGGAUGGAUGGAUGAUAGAUCCUCUUUGGGUACCAUAUAUACAGUGGCCCCAAAGUAUUUGGACACUUAAGCCACACUUAAAAAUCUAUGAAUGUCUUUUCAUUAUAUAACAAAAUAUCAAACCAAUUUUUUUAAAGAAAUAUAGCACACUCUCACUUUUCAAGCAAAACCUUUAUAAAACAAUAGAUAAACUGUUCAAAAUUAAGAGAAAAGGUAUUUGGACACUUUCUGAUCAAACGUUAGUGGAACAUGUUGCAUAUUAAAAUGUAAUGAACUACAGUACGCCUGUGGUUGCCUGGCUAGGACACCUGUGUGAACUUGAGGGGAACUGACUUCAUACAGCUACUAAAAUGACCUUAAAUGUUACAGCUUAAAGGUAAAAGUGAAAAAAUUGCAGAAAGGUGAAAACCUUUACAAAAUUCGAGAGUUCUGGCAAACUUGCUACAAAUUUGCAGCAAAUUCGGCACAAAUUAUUUUUACAAUCAAAUGAGCUUUGCGGCAAACUCUUCAUUGUCGCCAAAGGUUUGCUGAAAACUUCUGGUAAACAUUUGCAGGGAAUUGCAAGCUCAUUUGCAUGUGAAAAUAAUGAGUGGGAAAUGUGCGGCAAUCUUGUCAGAACUUUAGAUUUUUUGAUAGGGAAAGCAUAGUUUGAUAUUUUGUUAUCUAAUGCAAUAACAUUUAAUUGAAUCAAACCUACUGAUAACCCUUAUUUUGACAGCUGAUGUCUCUUCUGUUGAAGUCGUGUCCUCAGGGGGGAAUUAGAUACAAUUCCUUUCAUGUCUUUUAUCAGUAGCAAAUAUGUACAAUAGCGUCAAGUCUUAGAUAAGCUGUCGGGUAGUUUCACCAUCAUUGAAGGAAAUACAAGAACACAAUAUGGCAGGGUGUGAUACUGCACACCCAGCCCCUAAUCCGGCUGAUCAAGCCCGAGAUGGAUAAAGGCGACGGAGGCGGCAGUUUGAGAGAGAGAGAGAGAACUACAGGCAGCUGCCCUGUAUGUGUUUAUGUUUGUGUCUUUUUGUUGUAUUAAAUAUUAUUUAUAUUGUUAAGCCAGUUCUUACCUCCUCCUUUCCAUCUCACCAAGCUCUGAGGAGCAAUGACAGUCUUUAGUUGUACAUUUAUUUCUCAAGUGCUCAAUUUCUUUUGUGAAUAAUCAAAGAUUAAAUGUUUGGCCUUAUUAAAUUAAAGUUGCAUUUUAAGAAGUUCUAGUUUGUUUUUGUUUUUCUCCCUGUCAUGGCAUGAGAGUAGAUGGCUCAACAGAAUGCAGGUCAGUGCUUGCUGAGCUGGUUGGUUUGGUUCAUGGCUUAGAACACUUCUAUAAAGGAUUUUAUGGCAUCCCUGUGGAAGAAAUGAAUGGGAAAAUUCUUCCAGAACUAAGACCACUGAAAAAGUGGGUGGACACUGUUAUUAAGCUCCAUUAAGUUAAUUUUGGAGACAAUUCACACAGACACACAAACAAUUUUCAGUGCUAUUUCCUUUUCAAAGUGGGAGGGGUAAUUUUACCCAACAGCAAUAUCAAGACUCCUGGAAUUAUCAUUUCCAGUAGUGAAUCAUGCCGUGCAUUGAGAACAAAUGGCACUUCAUAUUAAGACUUCUUAAAAUUGAAAGGUUCCAUUUUUUUUUUAAAUGAGUGAAUGCAUUAAUUAUGAUUAAUUAACAUGGAACUAUGUACUUUUAUAACAUUUAUUCA